CAGCCGCGGCCUCCUGAGGCGGUUUGGAAUGAAAUUACAUGUACAAACUCAGGUCUUGAGUCAACCUGGAAGUAGUAACGUGCAUGGUGCUACGUCCAGUAGCUGGAUGCCACCUCCUGAUGGUCAUGUAAAGCUUAAUUCUUGAGACUAUUGAGUAGACUUAAACCUGUACGUUGCAGCAGAGGUGAUGGCUCAGUAUUGACAGGGCUGGAGUGGAGUAUGGGUCAAGAAGCCUGCCACAUGCGUUUGCAGUGAACACAGCCACCUGGUACCCGGGUCUCGAGAAUGAGAUGUUUCCCAAGGAAGCCUGGCAAUAUUGUCAGCUGCAGCCUGAUCGCCCUCACCUUUUCACCAUAAUACUUGCUGCAACCAUUAAAGAUGAUUCAUUAAACCCUAGAGAAGAAAGAAGGAGAAAAAGAAAAGAAAGCGCCGUGUGGUCUGUCUCCGAGCUCUCCUCUCUUCUUCUCUCUGUGUCUCUCUCUCUGCUUGGUUUUCACUGUGAAAGGAUCGAUGUCUGCAGUAAUUGGCAUGAAGCUCCCAAGAGGAUCGGCUUGCUUCUACUUCUACAACCCUUUGGAGUAUAUUCAGAGAGAAGCAGCGGUCAAUGCUACAGCCGUCGAGAGUCGAACAGAACAAGCAACGCAUGAUCUGGUGAGUUAUAUAAACGAACAAAUGGCUGCUAGUCUGAAUCGAAUAAACUCCGAGACUCAAGUUGCAAGGGAUGCUGCGACGGUAGCUGCCAACGAAAAUUUGAAUAAGCUUCUGGGGUUAUUGGUGCUUCUUUCUCAGCUUCUGGGGAUGUCAGUGAUCAGUUGGUGUUUGUGAGGGGCUAAAUCAACCAAUGGCUGUAUUACAUUUCAAGUACUUAUUUUAGGAGUGCAAGUCUUGGACAACUAUGUUUAUGUUCUGGUUUUUGUAAUAUUACGCUAAUGGGAGUCUUGGACAACUAUGUUUCUAUUCUGGGUUUUUGUACAAAUAUGUUUACAUUUCAAGUAUUUAUUUUAUGAGUGCAAGUCUUGCCAUGAUAAA